CUGACGAGUACUCGCUGUUGUUCAGUGUUGCCUCUGGUUUUGAUGCGGGUGGGCGCGCCUGGCACUGUGAUACCGUCUGCAUUUUCAGUAAACAGUUUCUUGAAUUAACACACAAGUCGGAACAUCUAUUACCACUCGGUUGCUAAGGUUCAAUACCGCCUGCUAAGGAACUUUUCAUCAAUAAGGAUUGCCCACGCGGAGGAUGAACUAAGGGCAGGACACUACUGACGAUACACCGACACUUUAGGAACCGUCAUGGCGUGUGUCGGGAGGGAAUCAAGAAUACUGCUGCUGCCGGUGCUUACGUCUUACAUCGUCCUUCUGGUUCUUCUUCAGCCCAGCACAGCCCAAGGAUCGGAGCCGCGGCCCUUCAUCCGCAACACUGCCAAUGCCCCGAGGGAGUUCCGUGAGGGGGACGACAUUCUGCUGACGUGUGUGGUGGCCGACCUGGGGAACCACACUGUCUGGUGGAGCAAGCGAGGGAACGGCAAGAAGACCAUCCUGACGGUGGCCGAGCGAAGUAUUACCAGCGAUGAGCGAGUCUCUCUACUGCAUGACAGAGCUCCCUCCUACAACAGCUCCCUCAUCAGCUCAGGGGGUGACGUGUGGGUGCUGGUGAUCAAGAAUGCCAGGGUGUCGGACGCGGGGAUCUACGUGUGCGAGAUCAACACCAACCCGUCCCUCACCUCCAUCUACGUCGUCAGUGUGACCUCUCAUCCCUUCACAGUCACCACGGCCAACGCCUCAGCGACGCAGGUGGCGCUCCGUUCGACGCACAACUACACUGACUGCUGCGUCCAGAACAACGUCAGCCCGCAGUGCCUUGGCUUCUGCGCCAUCCACAACAUCUUGGAGGGCAAAACCGGCAUCGAGCCAGAGGCAUGCGAGACCUACUUCCCCUUCAUCGUCAAGUGUAUGGCAGACAUGAGGAACCACGUGCCCUGCUGUGACAGACAAGGCGUCCCGGACAUCUGCCAGGACCUGUGCCGCGGAGAGUACACCAUGCAGGAGGACAGGAUACAGUCACACUUCUCCUGCACAUCCUACACCGAGGCAACGCUCAUGUGUAUCUCAGAGGGCAUAGAAAUCAUCCCGUCAGCACCAGGUUCCCCCAGCGUGGAGGUGCUGGGCCCCAACUCCAUCCAGGUGAGGUGGGAGCCGCCUCCACCAGGCAGCCCAGAGCCCGAACACUACCUCAUCCAGUACACCACUAUCACCAGGUUCGAUCCUCCCGUGGACGUGAUGGGCAACGUCACGAACACCACAGAUGACAGCGACGACCAGCUCCCUCAGCCCAAGCGGGUGACUCUCAAGGUGGCGGCAACACAGACAGAGGCCAUGGUCAGCACCCUCACGCCCAUGACCUGGUACGAGGUGUCUGUAGUGUCCGAGAACGUGCACGGCACCUCCCUGCCCAGCUACAGCCUGCGAGUGCUGACCCACGCGCGCCAGGCCAACAAGACCGCAGUGGUGCACCCUGAGCUGCCCGACGUGGUGGGGUGCUGCUCCGACAAGGGCGUCAAGCAUUACAGGUGCCUGAGGAACGUGUGCGACCCCAGCAACAGGUACAUCAAUGAGCCGGACAUGAUCGUGUGCGCACCCUGGGCCACUGAGGCGUUCUCCUGCCUGGCCAACGACAUGGACCACUCUGACUGCUGCCGCGAGAGAGGCCUGCCGCCUCUUUGCGUGGAACUCUGCUCCGGGAACGUCACCAAGAUCGAUUACAAGUAUUUCAGGUGCGUGGACUACUUUAACGAGUACCGCAGCUGCCUCAUGAAGGGCUACAACGUGCUGCCGGGGCCGCCAAGAGACGUCGGCGUCAGCAACAUCCACCCAAACUUUGUGCUUCUUCACUGGUCGCCGCCUGAGAUGCUUGGGGACUCAGUCACCACCUACCACGCCUACUUCAGACCAAUUCAGCCCAGCCGCGAGUGCGAGAGCAAGUGGUUCAUCAAUAACUUGGAGGUGUCGUACCACGGGGUGUACACGCAGUCCUCGCCCUUCGUGCUGGAGAAGCUUUGUGAAGACACCGAGUACGAGAUCUACGUGCAGGCAGUCAACAAACACGGCACUGGAGACCCGUCAGCGCGCGUCCUGUUCCGCACGCCAUCAAUAGUGCAUGAGAGGAAGCUGGAGGAUACAUCUUACAACGUGACUAACUGCUGCACCAGCGUGCAGAUCAGCCCGGGAUGCAUGCUGUGUGACUACAACGCCCGCAUGUCCCACGUGAGGAUGCUGGCCACCACCUGCUCCGGCGAGCUGCCCAUCAUCCUGCGUUGUGCCGUAGGAGGCCGCAACCACCAGCCGUGCUGCCAGCGACGGGGCGUCCCUGAGUCCUGCAUGAGUCUCUGUGCGGGAACCUUCUCCAGUCAGGCAACACCAGCUGUGUGCAUGCCCUACAUCGGCAACAUUAUGAUGUGCUUGGAGGAAGGCGUGGGAUACCUGCCAGGCCCCGUGAGGGACCUGAAGGCCACCAAGGUCGCUGACAGGGAGGUGACGCUGGUGUGGCAGCCGCCCGAGAAAGGCUCAAACAUCACCCAGUACCAGCUGCACUACCAGAGCGUGGACAAACACUCCGCCGCGCUUGCUGUCUACUCCCUCAACAACACGAUGAACCUGACUGACACCGUGGCCACUGUAUCCAACCUCAGGACGGGUAACCUGUACAACUUCUUUGUAAUCACCAUGAAUGAGGCAGGGACCUCGCUGCCCUCCGCCAUCCUCACCAUCAACGUUACAGAGGAACAUGAAGAUGAGGGCGGCCUAAAUGGUGUAUCGUCGGCGCCUCACAGCUUGGUGCUGGACGCCAAGACUGCCACCACCCUCACUAUUGUCUGGCAGCCGCCGGAGUUCGCGCAUCCCACCGACAGGUUCAUAUAUGAACUUCACUUCCGUGCCCUGGGCACUCCCGGCGACCCCGAAAACUACAACAUCACCACCACGGCUGCCACGGCAAUUCGCCUCGAGAACCUGACGCCCAACACCCAGUAUGUCAUCUACGUCACUGCCACCACCGAUAAAGGGGAGAGCCGCCCCUCAGAGACCUUGCUGGCCUGGACCGACCCCGCCUACCCUGCCUUUGUGGAGGCCCCAACAGUCCAUCCUAUCAACCUUAUCGUGGAGGGCGGCAAGAUGACUGUUCUGUGUAUCGCCAUGGGCUCUCCUCCCCCCACUGUGUCCCUCUACAUCUCCGGAGUGCUCAUUCACCAGGAUGAGACGCGCCACAUGGUGACGGUAGUGCAGAACGUGACCAGGGACAUGCGGGAGAUCUCUUGUUAUGCUGACAACGGGUACGGCACGCCCAUGCAGGCCUCCCGCACCAUCACCAUCUCCCGUCGGCCCCGCAUCAAGGCGAGGGAGAGGGUGCCCGUCCCGGAAGGCACGUCUGCCACGCUGGAGUGCGGCGUAGAUGCGUGGCCCGAGCCGUCCCUGGUGUGGUGGCAGGACCCCGAGGGCAGGGUGCCGGUCAUCCACGGUGGCAACUACGCCAUCAAGACUGAGACCAAUCAGGUGGAGGGAAGCUUCCGUAUGCAGCUCAAGAUCAAGAAAGUCACGCUCAAUGAUUCCCACUCCUACUACUGCCACGCCCGCAACGCCUUCGGUCUCUCCACCCGCGUUGUCAAGGUAGAGCUCACCCAACCAGUCAAGCUGCAGGUGGACGUGACGGAGUGCUGCGUGGAGAGCAACGUGACAGACACCUGCAUGGAAGCGUGUGCCUUCGACGAGCUCAACUUCGAGAGUGUGAUGAACAAGGAAGAGUGUAUCCCAGACUUCGCAAAGCUGAUGAAGUGUGCUGCAGAUGGGUCGGAUCACAGGAGCUGCUGCAGUAAGAACAAAGUGCCGCGCCCGUGCCUCGACUGGUGCCGUGGGGAGCCCGUGCCGCACCUUCACCUGUGUGAGCUGCGCUGGGCACCUGUCAUCAUCUCCUGCUUCAACGAGGGGCAAGAGUUCCUGCCGGGGCCGCCCUUGGAUGUCAAGAUCACCAGCACCAGCUCCUCCUCGGCCACUGUGUCAUGGAAGCCUCCCGCCAAGAACCCCGCCGCGGUGGAGCUGUACCGCGUGUUCUGGCGCAUCAAAGGGCACCGCGAGGCUCACAAGAAUGACACAGCCUCUACGGAGCUCCUGAUCGCUGGCAUGAAGGAGGGUGAGACGUACGAGGUGGCGGUGAAGGCGGGCAACCACAAAGGAACCUCCGUCCUCACCCGCACCGCCACCUACAACCACACCAUGAGCUCCGUCACCCGCGCCUCCACGCCAGGCUCCAACGCCACGGUGGUGGAAAUAUCGGUGAUAGUGGUGGUGCUGCUGUGUAUCGGCGUAGUGAUGGGUAUCGUGGCGGCACGCAAACGUAACUUACUGGGUUGUAAGUCAUCCAGUAACGGACGAAUCUCCUUCGAGAACCCUUCAUACAUCAGGGAACAGAACGGUGACACUGUGCAGAUCGCUGAGACGCCAAACGGCAGCUUCAAUGGCAGCAUGACUCUGGGUAUGAACGGAGGCGUCAACGGUGGCCUCAGCAACGGUGGCAUCAACGGAGGAAUAUCCCCGAUCGACGUAAAUGGCAGUGUGUGGAACACUCAGAGUAUGGCGUCUACGCCCGGGUUCGAGGACGACCUGCCGAGCAACGGAGGUUACAUGAGGUUCUCCAGCUAGUGACGCCUCAAGUCCCGCCCCCCAGACGCUCUACAUGUUGGUCCCAUCCGUCGGACAGCAGUUAUAGAUACAUAUACAUAGAUUUAUUUUCAGAACUCAUACGCUGAAGAAUUUCUGCAAGAGAAAGGAAGGGAGAAGGAAAGUCUUUCGAAUUUCACCGCAGAGUGAACAAAUUAACCACCACACUGUCACGUUGAACAUUUCAAGUUACUCUUCAUAGUUUGGGUUUUCACAACUUCUUGCGUGGAAGAAAAAUACGCCUCAUCUUUCAUGACUGUUGCAUAUCACACAACCUUAGCCUCUGUGAGGACCACAAGUAGUAAAGAAGCAUCAGAAACAUUAAGUGUGUUCCGUUUUGACGUAUUGUGUUUAGCAGGCCAGGGGUGAGAAUGAGGCUCCACGCGCGCCGAUGAUAUUUUUUCAUCGACAUUGAAAUUAAAUCUUCACCUUCAUCCAGCAUUGCACAAAGGUAGCAAGUUGCACACUGGAGGAGGCACUCGCUGCCCCGCCAGGUGGUAAUGACUGGCAGGACAAGUGUUGCGUCCCUCACCAGUCUGGAGGAAACAUUUCUGUGGAGAGCGGCGGCGUGGCAUCCUCACUUCCCUCGUCCUGGUAACUUUUGUAUCGCUUAUAGUUUUUUUUUUUUUAUAAGAAUUUAAAUUGUUAUGUUGUCACCAACAAGUAAUAUUUUCUGACGCUGUAGCCAAACAGUUUAAAGGUUUUAUUUAUUAUUUAAUUUGUCAGUGAUGUUUGAACAAGUCAAGAUGUACAUUAUUAGAAAGAAGUUUGUAAUGACAUUCUAAAUGGAAAAAGUGUGCUGAUCCACAAGCCUUUUGCUUCACACCGACGCACGGCACUAAGCACUGAUGUGGGUGGCUGUGCCCUGGAGUCGCCAGAGUAGCCUCGAACAGUCUCGCGAGCCGCGUGGCUGGGAGCGAGUGACGGACCGCCUCACGACCACGAGGCUGACUUGAGAGUAGUCAGAGUAAACGUAACGUUGCGUUAUCAGAGCGGGCGUCAGACCUUGAGGUUCCUUCUCGGCGUGGUGCUACAGCAGCUCCUGAGGCAGACCCGUCAACAGGCAGAGGUAACGGAUUACGGGGUGGGGAGAAUAGAGCAGGGGUUUAUAAUUGAUAGUGUUAACUUUGAUUUGUUGUCAGUGCCUUCUGAAAGACUGACUUCACCUCGGCGGGCCCGGAACAAGCUAAUGAGACCAGACUGACCUCGUUUAUUUUGUUACCUGUAUAUUUGUUCACGUUGCAUUCAAAAUUAGUGUCUCGGGCUUCAGUUCCUGGCCUUCUGCCGUAUAUUGGGUUAACGUGUAGGUAUCGUCAUAUAGAGCCUAACAAGGAAAUCAAA